AUGUCGAGCCUCGCCGCCGCCGCCCUCCGCCGCGCCGUCACCGCAUCCGGGUCGCGCACUCUCUCGAUCUCGGGGGCGUUCUCCCCGGUAUCCUCCCGUCUCUUCUCCGCCGACGCGGCCGCCGCCGAGGCGGGAUCACAGGGCGACGACUCGUUCCUCAAACCGUCCGACGCAGGCUUGAUCUAUGGAAGGUUGUACAGUCCUACUGCCGGAGGCAACCGCCUUGGCAAGAACGUGCUGAAGACUGACAUUAUCCAUCACCUUGACAAAUGUGAAUUGUCACCGGAGGACGUGAAGAUUGAUUACAACAGGGGAUACUAUCCCAUGGCUGCGUUGUUGAAGUUCCCUUCCAAGGAAUCAUUUAACAAAGCAGCAAGGCAAACAGGUCGCAUGUACAGGCUUGAGAGGGCAAGUCGCGAGCUGUGGGAACAAAAGCCAUCUCUUGAUGGAAAAGCUGUGCUGUUGCAAGGAGUCCCUCGAAAUGCUCAAGCAGAUGAUAUAGAACGAUUUUUGAGCGGCACUAACUAUGAACCACCUCCAUUCGAAAGCUUUAUCAGGCCUGGCAUCCCAGAGCCCAUAAGAGUGGUGCUUGUUAGGUUCCGCACGAAGGCUGAUGCGACCAAUGCCUUCAUUGCUAAAAACAAGAGCUUCUGCCUGAACAAUCCUGUUAGCAUGAGGGUUAUUCAGUAACCUAUUCAGUCUUGCAAUAUUUGUAUCAACUCCUUCCCAGUCAACCUUGCUAGCAUCCGAC